AUGUCCCAGUUACAAAACUCCUACGGUACAUAUACUACUCAUCGCCAUCAUCUAAACCUAAAAUCUCCCGAACAUAAAUCAGGCCUUAGCUUGCUGUCCGCAUUGACAUUUCCGAAUGUCCUAGCACGCUGCUGGUUAUCAAGAGAAUCAAUCAACGACGAGGAAAGGCAGAAUUUAUUAACUCCCUCUUCUACUGCGCCUUCCACACUAACAGAGAGAUAUGGUCUAUCCACCAUCAUCUUGCAUUACGGUGUCCACAGCUCCGUAAGAGUAUAUACCCGGAAAUCUUCUUCCGCGAGUGCUUCCAAGCAACUCCAUGUCGUCAAAAUCCUCCGUCGAUCAUCGGACGCCCUCGUCAGAGCUACCCAGCGUUUCGAACAAUCUCUCUCCUCAGCCGUGUCACACCCCAACCUCCUUCAAACCAUCGAUGUCCUCCAGAACGAACACGGUGAGACCUGUCUAGUCAUGGACUAUUGUGCUGGCGGGAAUCUGAACGCACUGAUUGCCACGGCUGAAGACAGUGUAGAUGCACUCCAAGCAGAUUGUUUCUUUAAGCAGAUCAUGCGUGCGGUGACAUAUCUUCAUGACAACGCGAUUGCGCAUCGUGGUCUGACGACGGAAAAUAUCCUUCUUACUGCCCAUGGCGCGGUGAAAGUGGCCGACUUUGGGAGUGCGGAGUGGCUGCUAGAUGAAGUUGCCAAUGGAGAACAUGUUGAGAACAGGAUACGUCUGCAACUGUCCUCAUUGUACUCUCCACGAAAGCUGCGGGGAUCGAUACCUUACCUCCCGCCGGAAGAGUUUAGUAACUAUGCGGCGAUUGAUCCAAGAGCAGGCGAUGUAUGGGCCGCAGGGCUUGUGUACAUGGCGAUGAGAUGUGGUCGCUUACUCUGGAAAAUGCCUUGUGCGGAUGAGGAUGGGGGUUAUUGUUUGUACCUGCGCGGACGGCGAACGUAUGACGGAUAUCCUCCGAUUGAAGCGUUGGAAGAGGUAUGGUGCAGCUCGCUUUUCAAAGGACCUGUGAAAGUCUCUUUUGCGCUGAUCAUUGGCUAG